CUUCUCCUUCUCCUUCUCCAUCAACAAACAACAAAACCAAAACAGAAACCCAAUUCUCUCUCUUUUCUCAGGCGAGGCCUCCCAAUCUCGCCAGGGAAUUCCCUCAAUUCUUCCUCCUCCUGCGCUUCCCCUUCCAGCUCUGGAGGGACAUACAGCUUUCGACCCAACCUUCUGCAAUGCCUGCCUGCCUCAACCACCGACACGAUACUCCAUGAACGAGCUUCAACCGCCCAACCUGCAAUGCGCCAAAUUUGAGGAUCGAGCCCUUUCCACCAUCUUCCACGCCACACCUGCCUACUACUCCAUCAUUCCUUCUUCAACCUCCCCCCACUGCACCUGCACCCUUAUGCCCUAAUCUAUUCUAUUCUCUUCUCUUCUUUCUCUGCUUUUCCACCUUUUUUUCCCCCUCUUCUCUAAAGGCUCCACCCAACCUUUUCAAUUGCUUGCUCCAGGAGCGGCCUUCCAAUUUUUGCCGCCCUUUUUAUGGACCUUCUUUGACUCAUCCUUCUAUCUCCUCCGAUUUCUUCUUUUUCGGUUCCAUCAUGCCCUCUGAAGUAUUGGACCUCAAGGCUUUAUCUUCAUCUUCCUUCUUCUCCCACGAUUUACGUCAUUCAGAUGAGGGGCAGCUUGGAGUUUGGAAGUCAGCUAGUAUGCCAAAUCACCGUGGUGCUUCAUCAUCUGUGGAAAAACUUUCAAUGGGUGAUUGCCUGGCAGAGAACUCACUGGAAAAUCACGAUCCAUUUCCUGUGAGAGACCAGAAUGCAAGUCUUAUCCUGAAUAGACAUGCUGUUGGAGCUGAAAGAACAUCCAAUUAUUUUGCUCGGAAUAAUGAAGUCAAUAUGAUGAAUUCUCAGUAUGAGAGUAGUCUUUUCUCGAGUUCUUUAUCAGAUAUAUUUACUAGGAAAUUGCGAUUUUCUCCCAGCAAUGCACUAUAUGGCCAUUCUGUUGAUACUGUUGCAUCUCACUUUGAGGAGGAGGAGGUUUUUGAGUCACUUGAAGAGUUGGAGGCCCAAACCAUUGGGAACCUCCUCCCUGAUGACGAUGACUUACUUGCUGGGGUAGUAACUGAUGGGCUUGAUUGUUUGAUUGAAACAACUGGCGAGGAUGAUGCUGAGGACUUGGAUUUCUUUAGCAAUGUUGGAGGGAUGGAUUUGGGUGAUGAUGGCUCAUCUGUUGGACAGAAAAAUUCUGAAUCUUCUGGAGGACUAUUUAACAAUUUGCUGGGGAUGCAUAACGGUGCUAUGGCUGGAGAGCAUCCAUUAGGCGAACAUCCUUCCAGGACACUGUUUGUGAGAAACAUAAAUAGCAAUGUUGAAGAUUCUGAAUUGAAGCUCCUUUUUGAGCAAUAUGGAGACAUUCGCACUCUUUAUACAACAUGCAAACAUCGAGGGUUUGUUAUGAUUUCCUAUUAUGAUAUUAGAGCUGCCCGUAAUGCAAUGAAAGCACUCCAGAAUAAACCGUUGAGACGAAGGAAGCUUGACAUACAUUAUUCUAUACCGAAGGACAAUCCAUCUGAAAAAGAUAUUAACCAAGGAACUCUUGUUGUUUUUAACCUUGAGUCUUCUGUUUCAAAUGAAGAACUUCGUCAGAUAUUUGGUGUCUACGGAGAAAUCAAGGAGAUUCGUGAAGCUCCCCACAGAAGUCAUUAUAAAUUCAUUGAAUUUUAUGAUAUCCGAGCUGCAGAGGCUGCUCUUUGUGCAUUAAACCUGAGUGAUAUAGCAGGAAAGCAGAUAAAGCUUGAGCCAAGUCAUCCUGGUGCUGUGAGACGAAGUUUGGUGCAACAAUUACAUCCACAGUUGGAGCGGGAAGAUAUUGGUCUCUAUUUACAACAGGGUAGCCCUCCUGUUAGUUGUAGUGCCGGCUUCUCUGGAUUAGUUCCUAGUGGGACUAUCAAAUCUAGCAGCAUGAGUAAUGGAUCCGUUCUUGGUGUACACUCUAUGAUACGAGCUCCAUCUCGGGAGACCGAGUUGCAUCAUGGAAUAUCCUCCAGUGUUCCUAGUAGCUUACCUUCUGUGAUGAGAUCUGAAUCAAUUGGCAAGCAAUCUGGCUUUAUUGACUCUGGUCAUUCACCUUCACCACUAAAGCUGGGUAUCCGGGCAGCUCCAGCUAUUCAUCCUCAUUCGCUUCCAGAACAUCCUGAUAGUUUGAACAACAAUGUUCACUGCAAUUCUCUGAAUACGAUUGCAGGAAACAUCAGUCUACGACCACCCGAAAGAGCUGAUAGCAGGCAGCUUGUAAACUUUAAUGGUCGCUCUAUUGAAUUGAAUGAAGAUGUUUUUGCAUCUGGUGGUAACAGAACUUGCCCCAUUCCUGGACCACAUUAUACAUGGGGUAACUCCUACCGGCCCCAGCCGCCAGCUCCUAGUGUUGUUUGGCCAAAUUCUCCAUCUUAUAUGAACGGAAUUCCUGCUGCCCACACCCCAACCCAAGUCCAUGGAGUUCCAAGAGCAGCAUCUCAUUUGAUGCACACAGUUCUGCCCAUGAAUAAUCACCACGUUGGAUCAGCUCCAGCUGUUAAUCCUUCUAUUUGGGAUAGACAACAUGCUUAUGCUGGGGAACUGUCGAAAGCCUCUGGGUUUCAUUCAGGUUCUAUAGGGAAUAUGAAUCUGCCUAACAAUUCACCACAGUCUGUGGAAUUUUUCUCUCAUAUCUUCCCACAAGUUGGUGGAAAUUCUGUAGAGCUCCCUAUCCCCCAAAGGAAUGUAGGACUUCAAUCCCAUCAUCAGCGGUGCAUGGUUUUUCCUGGACGAGGCCAAAUUCUCCCAAUGAUGAAUUCAUUUGACUCUUCCAAUGAACGUGGUAGAAGCCGAAGAAAUGAAGCAGCCUCUAAUCAGGCAGAUAAGAAGCAAUAUGAACUUGACAUUGAUCGCAUAUUGAGGGGUGAAGACAAUCGUACUACGCUUAUGAUAAAGAACAUUCCUAACAAAUAUACAUCAAAGAUGCUUUUAGCUGCAAUUGAUGAACGACAUCGAGGAACUUAUGACUUCAUCUAUCUGCCUAUUGACUUUAAGAACAAAUGUAACGUGGGAUAUGCGUUCAUUAACAUGACUGAUCCUAGCCUAAUUAUUCCAUUCUAUGAGGCAUUUAAUGGGAAAAAAUGGGAGAAAUUCAAUAGUGAGAAGGUGGCGUCACUUGCAUAUGCUCGCAUACAGGGAAAAGCUGCCCUUAUCGCUCAUUUCCAGAAUUCAAGUUUAAUGAAUGAAGAUAAGCGAUGUCGACCAAUCCUUUUCAACACUGAUGGCCCCAAUGCAGGCGAUCAGGUUCCGUUUCCAAUGGGGGUAAAUGUUCGUACUAGGCCUGGAAAAGGCCGAACCAACACCCAGGACGAAAACCCUGAUGAAGGUCUAUUAAUUUCUGGAAAUGGUGAGAAUUGUUCCAGUGGAGAUGCAUCUUCUUCAUGUGUUGUAAAGGAUUUGGAGCAGCCAGUACCAUAAUUUUUGUGUUCACUAACCUUAGAGGAGGGAGGAGUAACUUAAAACUAUAUAUCCACCAAAGUUGUUUUGACGUAAUUUUUAUAGUGGCUGAAGGCAGGUAGGGACAUUCGCUGCAGUUGGUGACAUUAGAGAAGGAAUGGUUUAGCUUAGCCAAUGCUAAGUGGGUCUCCAUCUUCCUCUCCCCACCCCUCUACUCUACGCCCCCCUUCCUCCAAAGGGAAGAAAAAGAACAAAAAAAAAAAAAAAAGACAAUAGUUGAAGGAGGGAGCAUCUGGAAAAGCCUCCAAAUUUUGAUUGUGAGAGUGAUAUAUUUAUUGUUAUUAUUAUUACUAUUAUAUAUUAUAAGAGAUGGGCAUUGAAAAAGGGAAAGAGUUUUCAUGUAUAUGAGUAUUUGGUCCUGGAGAUAUGUUGUCCUGGUUUGACGUGAUCUGAUGAGGCUUCCUCCCUCUGCUAUACCCCACUUUCUUCUUCUUUUUUCUUUUCGUUUUAUUUUGGGUUUGACUUGGAAGUUCUUGUAACAGUUGAGAUUUGGUAGAGACAGAGGGAGCCCAUGUGAAAAUUUUUGAAAUGAACUAAUUAUCCAAAUUUCCUUUGCU